UAUAUUUUUUUGGCACUGUUGGGCUUACUUUAUUGGGCCUUUUCUUGAAAACAUUGGGCUUUAAAAAAAUUCAGAGACAGAGGGGACUGCAUAUUUAAGAUGUAGUGUACGAAAAAAUCAGACGAUCACGACAAGAAGAGAAAGAGAUGCUUGCGAAACAAACGCCAUUAACAAAACAAAUGCUCUCCGAGCUUCUACGAGCAAGUUGUUCAAAACCGAGGCAGCUUAAGAAGAUCCAUGCGAUUGUACUGAGGACAGGUUUCUGUGAAAAGAACAGCCUCUUAACCCAGCUGUUAGAGAAUCUUGUGCUUAUGGGUGACAUGUGUUACGCACGCCACCUGUUCGACGAAAUGCACAAGCCAAGGAUCUUCCUUUGGAACACUCUUUUUAAAGGGUACGUUAAGAACCAGAUCCCUUCUGAAACUGUCUUACUUUAUAAGAAAAUGCGUGAUCUUGGUGUCCGUCCUGAUGAGUUCACUUACCCGUUUGUGGUGAAGGCGAUCUCCCAGCUGGGGGUUUUGCCCUGUGGAUCUGCCCUUCAUGCCCAUGUUGUCAAAAAUGGUUUUGAGUGUCUUGGGAUCUUUGCAACUGAGUUGGUGAUGAUGUACAUGAAGUUUGGUGAGUUGAGCUCAGCGGGGUUCUUGUUUGAGUCAAUGCAAGUCAAAGAUUUAGUGGCUUGGAAUGCGUUUAUUGCUGUUUGUGUUCAGACUGGAAACUCCGCUAUAGCUCUUGAGUAUUACCACAAGAUGUGUGCGGAUGGAGUUCAGAUUGAUUCUUUUACUGUCGUGAGUAUGCUCUCUGCUUGUGGUCAGCUAGGCUCUUUAGAGGUCGGAGAAGAAAUUUAUGAUCGUGCAAGAAAAGAAGAGAUUGAUUGUAACAUAAUAGUCGAAAAUGCUAGGCUUGAUAUGCACUUGAAGUGUGGUAACACCGAAGCUGCGAGGGUAUUGUUCGACGAAAUGAAACAAAGGAAUGUGGUUUCAUGGAGCACAAUGAUCGUAGGUUAUGCAAUGAAUGGAGAUAGUGGAGAAGCCUUGGCAUUGUUCACUAUGAUGCGAAACGAGGGACUCAGACCUAACUACGUGACAUUUCUCGGGGUCCUCUCUGCUUGUAGCCAUGCUGGACUAGUGAACGAAGGAAAAAGUUAUUUCAGUCUCAUGGUUCGAUCGAAUGAUAAGAAUCUUGAGCCGAGAAAAGAGCAUUAUGCAUGUAUGGUUGACCUCUUGGGACGCUCUGGUCUUCUAGAUGAGGCUUAUGAAUUUAUCAAAAAGAUGCCAGUGGAACCAGACACCGGUAUCUGGGGAGCUUUGUUGGGUGCUUGUGCGGUUCAUCGUGAUAUGAUAUUGGGGCAGAAAGUGGCAGACGUACUUGUAGAAACAGCUCCUGAUAUUGGUUCAUACCACGUACUACUGUCUAAUAUCUAUGCAGCUGCUGGUAAAUGGGAUUGUGUUGACAAAGUAAGGAGUAAAAUGAGGAAGCUGGGCACCAAAAAGAUUGCUGCUUACAGUUCCGUUGAGUUUGAUGGUAAAGUUUAUUUUUUCAAUAGAGGAGACAAAUCACAUCCGCAAUCAAAGGCGAUAUAUGAGAAAUUAGAUGAAAUCUUGAAGAAGAUAAGGAACAUGGGGUAUGUUCCUGAGACGGGAUCGGUGUUUCAUGAUGUGGAAAUGGAGGAAAAAGAGUCUUCUCUCAGUCAUCACAGUGAGAAGCUCGCUAUUGCAUUUGGACUCAUUAUUGGGAGAGCGCGACAUCCUAUACGGGUUAUGAAGAACUUGAGAACCUGUGAUGAUUGCCACGUUUUUUCCAAGUUUGUUUCCAGGCUUACUUCGACAGAGAUCAUCAUGAGAGACAAGAACAGGUCUCACCACUUCAGGAAUGGUGUAUGCUCUUGCAGAGAGUUCUGGUGACUUCACUUACUGAUGUUCUGAUUAUUAAGAGGGAACUGAUUUGGAAUUUAUCUGAUGCUGUGGAAUAGAUUCAGAAGACGAGUUGAUGAUGCAAAGCCAAGUUAUUGAUCCAUUAAACUUUGUAGAUGGCAACAAAUCUUGAAGCUUAUGCCUUAUUGUUUCAUUUUCUGCAUCAGUCAGAGAAGCCUGAAACAGAGAGACGCUAUUGAAUAAGUUGAAAAGCAGGGACAUGGAAGAAGCAAGAAAUAGAAAAAAGUUCUCGUGAAAGACAAAGAGGGAUGGAGACAAAACAGAGAACAGAGGUUAUCUCACUUGUCGUCAAGACAUUCGACGCAGAAAGACUCUGCAACAACGGAUUUUUCUCAUUGAUAAUAUUCUGAAUAACACGUGCCAAAAACAAAGUGGAUAACAAACACCUGUCAACUAUUCAGAGGCUCCACGUAUCGUAGAGAGAGAGUUUCUGAGACGCGUGUACGGAAUUUUCGAAAUGGAGUUUCUGGAUCUUAGAUCCCAGAUCCAAGUUUCCUUCACCAUCUUCUCUCCUUUUCUUCACUUGUUUGCUUCGGAUCCGCAAUAGAUUCGUGUAGAUCUAACUUCUCUUGUUUCUUUCUCAAAGACAUGUAUUCUGGUUUUGCUUCUUUUCAAAUAUCUGCUAAUUUUCUUCUAAA